CUUCAGAGGCGGCGGUGGCGCUAGCGACGACGACGACAGCAGGAGCAGGCCCUGGGCUUGUCGUUCACCAUGCCGACCGUAGAGGAGCUUUACCGCAACUAUGGCAUCUUAGCCGAUGCCACGGAGCAAGUGGGCCAACAUAAAGAUGCUUAUCAAGUGAUAUUGGAUGGUGUCAAAGGUGGUACCAAGGAAAAAAGAUUAGCAGCUCAGUUUAUUCCAAAAUUCUUUAAGCAUUUUCCAGAAUUGGCUGAUUCUGCUAUCAAUGCACAGUUAGACCUCUGUGAGGAUGAAGACGUAUCAAUUCGACGGCAAGCAAUUAAAGAGCUGCCUCAAUUUGCCACUGGAGAAAAUCUUCCCCGAGUGGCAGAUAUACUAACCCAACUUUUGCAGACAGAUGACUCUGCAGAAUUUAACUUAGUGAACAAUGCCCUAUUAAGUAUAUUUAAGAUGGAUGCAAAAGGGACUUUAGGUGGCUUGUUCAGCCAAAUUCUUCAAGGAGAGGACAUUGUUAGAGAACGAGCAAUUAAAUUCCUUUCUACAAAACUUAAGACUUUACCAGAUGAAGUCUUAACAAAGGAAGUAGAGGAACUUAUACUAACUGAAUCCAAGAAGGUCCUAGAAGACGUGACUGGUGAGGAAUUUGUCCUGUUUAUGAAGAUAGUAUCUGGGUUAAAAAGCUUACAGACAGUGAGUGGAAGGCAGCAACUGGUGGAGUUGGUGGCUGAACAGGCUGACCUGGAACAAACCUUCAAUCCCUCGGAUCCUGACUGUGUGGACAGGCUUUUACAGUGCACUCGGCAGGCGGUACCCCUCUUCUCUAAAAAUGUUCAUUCCACAAGGUUUGUGACUUAUUUCUGUGAGCAAGUUCUCCCUAACCUCAGUUCCUUGACUACCCCAGUGGAGGGUCUUGAUAUACAGUUGGAGGUAUUGAAACUGUUGGCUGAAAUGAGUUCAUUUUGUGGUGACAUGGAAAAGCUAGAAACAAAUUUAAGGAAACUGUUUGAUAAGUUAUUGGAGUAUAUGCCUCUCCCUCCAGAAGAAGCAGAAAACGGGGAGAACGCUGGUAAUGAAGAACCCAAGCUGCAGUUCAGUUAUGUGGAAUGUUUGUUGUAUAGCUUUCACCAGUUGGGCCGAAAACUUCCAGAUUUCUUAACAGCCAAGCUGAAUGCAGAAAAGCUCAAAGAUUUCAAAAUAAGGCUGCAGUACUUUGCACGGGGCCUGCAGGUGUAUAUCAGACAACUUCGCUUGGCUCUCCAGGGUAAAACAGGCGAGGCCUUAAAAACAGAAGAGAACAAGAUUAAAGUUGUUGCAUUGAAAAUAACAAAUAAUAUCAAUGUUUUAAUCAAGGAUCUCUUCCACAUUCCUCCUUCUUAUAAGAGCACAGUAACAUUGUCCUGGAAACCUGUACAGAAGGUUGAAAUUGGGCAAAAGAGAGCCAAUGAAGAUACAACUUCAGGCUCACCACCCAAGAAAUCUUCAGCAGGACCAAAAAGGGAUGCCAGGCAGAUUUAUAAUCCUCCUAGUGGGAAAUAUAGCAGCAAUUUGGGCAACUUUAAUUAUGAGCAGAGAGGAGCCUUCAGGGGAAGUAGAGGUGGCCGAGGUUGGGGAGCACAAGGAAAUCGUAGUCGGGGAAGACUCUACUGAAUGAGAAGUCACAGUCUUCAGCAUUGUCUUGAGCUUAAUAUACUUAAAUUCUACUACUCUACUCAUUGGAUUGCCGGGGAUGUCUCUUUAAAAAGACUGCUGCCUUCAGCUAAAAACUUAAUGUUCUUUAUACCUUUGUAUGUAUGAUCUACUUUUGUAACAGACCAUGGUUGUGUCCAAGGUAAAACCGCAGCGAUAUUUUUGGAUGCUUUGUCUGCAAUUUUGACUUGUUUUUGCAAUAUCACCAUUAUUCAGACUUCAUAUUGUGAAUCUUUUAAACAUCUUGAUAAUUUGUUAUUGAGAGCUAUUCAAAUCUAAAAUGUAAUAAUUCAGUCUAGUUCUGAUAACUGGUAAAGAUCAUCAGUUCUGAAAGGUUACUGACUUUCCUGUCCUCUCUGUCUUCCCCCCAGCCAACAUAUGGAGAAGAGUAAUGGUCAGUCUUAACAUUUUAUUUUCAUUGUUAUUUAAUAAAGCCACUAAGCAAUGGUGCAGCAUUCCUGGCUUCUGUCAGUAAAGCAAAAUACUUACCAGCUUUCUUAAAAUGUAGAAAUGACAUUACAUUUUUAGGAGGAAGUAAGUUGCUUUGCACUGCUUACUUAACUCUUCUCCAUAUGUUGUGAUAUAAAUCUUUGA